UGAAGCAAAGAAACCAGAACCAAAUUGACACUAGCUAGCUAGCUAGCCAGUAAGUAAGCCAACAGAGCCCUGAGCCAAGGCAGCAAGUGCAGGUUGCCAUGGCGUCGUCUGAAAGCAUCGCCAAGAGGUGGCGCGAGCUCCACGGCGAGCACUCGUGGGACGGCCUGCUGGACCCGCUCCACAUCGACCUCCGCAAGUCCAUCAUCUCCUACGGCGAGCUCGCGGAGGCCACCUACGACGGCUUCAACACGGAGAGGCGCUCGCCGCACAUCGGCGCGUGCAUGUACGGCUACGACGACCUGCUGCACAUAUCGGGCGCGGCCGCCGCCGGCCACUACAAGGUCACCAAGUUCAUCUACGCCACGUCGAGCCUGCCCCUGCCCGACGCGUUCCUCCUGCUGCCGCUGGCGGCGCUCAAGGACGUAUGGUGCAGGGAAUCCAACUUCAUGGGGUACGUCGCGGUGGCCACGGACGAGGGCGUGGCGGCGCUGGGGAGGCGUGACAUCGUCGUGGCAUGGCGCGGGACGGUGAGGCCCUUGGAGUGGACCAACGACCUGGACGUCACGCCGGUGCCCGCCGCGCCGGUGCUGGGCUCCUCGUUUGGUGAGAACCCAUUCGCCCUCGUGCACAGGGGAUUCCUGUCCUUGUACACGUCCAGCAACGCAAAUUCCAAGUUCAACCAGACCAGCGCCAGAGACCAGGUUCUUGAGGAGGUGAGGAGGCUAGUGGAGUUGUACAAGGACGAGGAUACCAGCAUCACCAUCACCGGCCACAGCCUCGGCGCGGCGCUCUCCACCCUCAACGCCGUCGACAUCGUCGCCAACGGCGCGAACAAGCCGGCCAGCAACUCCUCCAAGCCGCCGUGCCCGGUGACGGCCAUGGUGUUCGCGUGCCCGCACGUGGGGAACAACUUCUUCAGGAGUGCCUUCCGCUCGUUCCGGGACCUCAAAUCCCUCCACGUGAAGAACUUCGGCGACAUCGUGCCCAAUGUCCCGGCGCUGGCGUACGUGGACGUGGCCGUGCAGCUGCCCAUCAACACAAGCAAUUCGCCGUACCUACACUGGCCUCUCAUGUCCAUGUCGCUCCACAACCUUGAGUUGUACCUGCACGGCGUGGCAGGGGAGCAGGGCAGCGCCGGAGGGUUCAAGCUGGAGGUGGAACGCGAACUGGCGCUGGUGAACAAGAGCGCCGACGUUCUCAAGGACGAGUACCCGGUGCCGGCAAGUUGGUGGGUGCUUCAACACAAGGGCAUGGUCAAGAACGAUGACGGCCAGUGGGAGCUCAAGGACUUCAAGCAUAUCUAAUUAAUUGCCUCUCAUGCAUAUCGAUCGAUAUCGUAUGCUCCUAUAUUAUAUAUGCAUGCAUGCGUUCUAUAUAUCAUUCCGGUGUGACCGCAACUGUUAUUUAAGCUUCUGUUGUUUUCCUUUCUAAUGUGUAAUAUAAUAAGAAGGAUACGCAUGCUGGUGUGCACACACCACAUGAUGCUCCUCACAUAGUAACCGCCCAAAUUUCGGAUUUCAAAUAAUAAUAUAAUGUGUUAUCUUGUUUGUGA